AUGUUUUCAAGGCUCCACAUCGAAAAGCACGGCUCGAAAAGCAAUUCCUUUGACGCGCUCAAGGUGGAAACGCUGGCCAAAUUGGACGAAGGCCUCGAAUCGAUCAAGUUCCUUCAGCGGCUGGGCCAAGUCCACAUGAGCGAGUCGCAGUUCAGCGCCCUCCUCCAGGUCUCGAAUGACUUCUUGUGGACCAAGACCACCAUCGAGCGGGCUUUCCGGAAGUACCCGCGCAGCAGCGCCUCCAACGCGGACAAGAGAAUGUUCCGCGAGCUGCUCAUCCUGCUCUACAAGUACGUCACCAAGAGCAUCAUCAUGCUCCUCACGCAGGUCGGCAUCCGAUGUCCGCAGAACGCCAACGCCGAACUGGGUCACGUGCUCGAACUGAUGCUCAAGAGCGUCCAGAACACGACCCACCACGAGUCCCUGCACCCGACGCAAAGCAAGUUUGCGGUCAUGAGCGUUCGCCUGCUGGCCAAAUCGCCGCGGCCCAAGGACGCCAAUGUAGAGUUCACGACGGUCAUGAAGGCAAUGAGGAAGGAGCUGGCCCAGCGCAAGAACACUAUCAAGGCCAGCUCGUGGCUGUCGCUUAGUACGAAGCGGUGAUGCUACUGCGUGUAGUGCGUGGCGUAUAUUGAUGCCAAGUUCGCGACAACGUGCGUGCCAGUUGGUGGAACGAGCUGGUCCAAUUUCGUAACUGUUUUCGCAAUUUGAGUGCUACACUCAUCAUUGUUUGCCUAGCUGAACUUCGCGAGAAAGUGCUUGACUUUCUUGAAUUGAGUUGUUUCCUUUGUAAUUAUAAUUAUAUAUUUAUCCUGUUAAGUAUCGGCGUACAAAUGCACUUUUAGAUGUGCGCACGGUCAACUGAGAAAACUGGUUAAUUUUUGCCGCAUCUGAGUUUAUGCAUUGUCAUCGAUAGAACACUGUGGAGUAUAUUCGCAGAACG